AUGCAAAAGUUAUCGAGAAUUUCGUUUCCUUACAAGGAGUCCAUAGAGUCUCAAGUGCGAUUAAACAAGUUUGUUUUAACAAACAAACAGGAUACAGAGAGGACGGUUUUCAUUUUGGGCGCCGAGGACCGGUUUGCUUAUUCUUGUUCUAGGGUGAAAACAGAUAAUGUUCAAAAAAGUAUAAAUGAACCAUUUUCAUAUAUUGAAAAUCAAUGUGAACAAGAGAAAAACGAGUACCCCUUAUUGACAAAAGUUGGCGCUAGUUUUGACAAAAUAAAGUUGCAUGUGUCGAUCAAACCGUUGGGCAAAUUCGAUAAGCGUUCAUUGUUGAUUGUCAAAUCGAAAAAUAUCGAUGAUUUAUUAAAGUCUAAGGACCUGUAUAUUACUCAAGCCACUGAAGCAAAAGCAAAUAUCUCCAAAAUAGAGUAUAAGAACUUGCCAAUUGAAGAGCAGGAGAGUGAGUUUCAAAAACUAAUAAUCAACGACUCGUUUGAUACAAGCGUGCUAAAUGAUACCAGAGUGGUGGUCUCCUUGUGGGAACACAAUCUGCAAACCAAUCAAUAUACAUAUUUCUUUCAUCUAAGUGUUUGGAUCGAUAAGCUUGAAAUUGAAAAUACUAAAUUGCAAAGUCAUCAAACCCGUGUGCACCACCACCACACUUGUCACGAAAGUGUGGAUGAAGUGACGAAAUGCUUCAGUUUGGGAGAUUUUAGAAAAGAGUUUCAAUUCAAUAUUGAAGACGGACCUCAAUUUAGGAAAGCUUUGACAAACUUGGAAAAUGCCAUUCCCAUUGCAAACAAGGUAUACAUGGCACUAAUAGAUGACUUUAAGAUUUUGGAAUCCAACGUUCGGCGAAUAUCCACUGCGAAAGCAAGGAUUCUAGAAGGAAUAAACCAAUUGAUGGACCUAGAAUCUAGAAAUCUUUUACAGGAGUUUGGUUUCAAAAAAGCAUUUCACAAGUCUUUUAUCGCAUUGUUUGAUUCUUUUGAAAAGAAUAUCAACUUUUUUUUGGAUAACGUUUGUGACCACAAAUUCUUGACCAAAAUCCUCAACAGCAUCCUACCACACCAAGUUGAUAAUUCAAACCAAUCAGUGCUAUUGCAAAUGAAAAAGCAAUUUGAAGGAGAUUCUAAGGAGUAUUAUUCAUGGAUGAACAAGUACCUUUCAAACGAUAAAGAGCGACCCGAGUCCAAACUUCUUGCUAAACGGAAAGUUUUCGAAUUGUCAAAGUUUGAUUACUUGAACCAAUUGAGUAAAAUAACCAAUAGCCAAUACGUCAAUGAGCUAUGCGAAAAACUAUUCAAAUUCAUUAAUUUAGGGUAUACUAAAGAAAACCCAAGGCUCUUGGAUACAAAGAGGUUCCUCAACAAGAAUCUGAAUCAUGUUCUAAUAGAUGAUAACUAUCAAAUUUACUUGCACGUUUUGACCAAAUUUAAUAGUGAAAAGUACCAAUUUCGACAAAUGAUUGAAGCAUGUCAAACCAAUGAUGAACUAACUAACUUAAUCCGUUACAAUCGGUUAAAUCAUGUGAGACAAGUAGGUGGACAGCAGCAGCAGCAGCAACAACAACAACCAGGUAAUCAACCAAUGAGCCCUAUUUUGAAUGAGGGUACGACCGAUGAGUUUAUAAUCACAAGGGAGAAUUUUGACCUCAUAUUCUCUGAUAGCAAACCCCCGAACGAUCACAUCAAUUCCUUCCAGGGUGAUACUUCCGAAAUUUCCGGUAUUCUAUUUACUCUUGGCGGGCAAAAGAAGCAAGGUUGGCAUAAGGAAUGGGUGGUGUUGAAAAAAGGACAGCUUAUUGAGUAUGCCGAUUGGAGGAAAGGUAAAACGCCCAUAAAUAAACCAAUUGAAAUAGCUUUAUCCAGUGUCAAGGCUCUCUCACAUGAGAAGAGACAGCAUUGUUUUGAGAUAUUGACAUCUGACGGACAUAAGCACGUUUUUCAAGCUUUUGGCAGUGAUGACAGGAAAAAAUGGGUUAAGGCAUUGUACAAUGCCGGUCAAUUGGUUAAUACAGAAAGAUUGCAACACAGUUUUGGUCAAGCCACCACUACCAGCAAACCAGCCAAGAAACACCCGGGAAGAAUAAUUACCGACUUUGGAAACAGGCCUUUCAUUCCAGGGCAAUCUAGUGAUAGAGCCAUUUCUCCUGUGUCUAUAACAUCCAAAAUACCGGUGGAGAAGGACUACUUGAAUUUGGUGCGUACGAUUCCCAAUAGUGAUAACAACAUAUGUGUUGACUGUAGUCUGAUGGAGCUGGUGGAAUGGAUAGCUAUCAACUCAUUAACGUGUUUGUGCAUCAAUUGUGCAUCUUGUCACAGAAGUAUGGGUUCUCACAUUACGAAAAUAAGGUCGUUGAAGUUGGACAAAUUUGAAAAUGAAAUGGAAUUGCUUUUGCGGUAUGUGAACAAUCGUGAAGUGAAUGCGUGCUUAGAAGCAACGAUGCCAAGAACGGAAAAGAUUCAUCCUAAUGUGAGCAAUGAAGUAAGGUUGGCAUAUAUCAAGGACAAAUAUUGUGCUAAAAAAUACGUAUCGCCUGUGCCUGGUGUUGAAAGUGAAUUGGUCAAAGCUAUACAAAAGAUCAAUAUUAGCGAUGUUCUUAAAUACAUUUUGAGUGGCGCUGAUGUGGGGAUCGACAUACAAGUAAGUCUUCCAAAUAGCAACGAAACCGAAGUUAUCAGCCUAUUUGAAUACUCUUUGAGAAAGUACAUUGAGGUUGAACUUGAAGGAAACGAUUCAAAGAAUAGAAAAUAUUUUGUCAUAUCGGAACUACUUAUUUUGAAUGAGUGUCAAAAUGUUGGAGACAUUGCAAACGUGGGAAAAGAAGAUCGGAAAUUGGUCCUAUCAAAAGAAGCCGUGGAAUACUGGAAAACGAAACUCUUAACAAAGUAA